AGCACACAGAAGCAGCACUGAAAUGCAGUUAGCAAUACAGCUGGGAGACACGCAGGCAGGCAGGCACUGGUCCAGUGACUAAAAUGAUCGUACCGUGAGCCAGCCCGCAGUGCCUCCAAAAGUGGCUGACUGCUACACAGAAGCUCGGCUUUCUUUCCAAUUACUCCAGUUUCCCCCCGGUGACUGCAGUGUGCGCUCCGUUUCGGUUUUGUUUGCCUUUUUGUUUCUCCCUCCCACCCACCGGUCUCCCUCUCUCUCCUCCCGUGCCCUUCUCUCCAGGAUGGCGGAAGCAGAGUUGCACAAGGAAAGGCUCCAAGCCAUAGCAGAGAAAAGGAAAAGGCAGACAGAAAUAGAAGGCAAGAGACAACAGCUUGAGGACCAGAUACUUCAGCUGCAGCAUUUCAAGUCAAAAGCUCUUCGGGAAAAAUGGCUGCUACAGGGAAUUCCUGCUGGCUCUGCAGAAGAGGAAGAAGCCAGAAGGAAGCAGUCAGAAGAGGAUGAGCUGAAGGUGAAAAAGCUGGAAGAAAACAUACACAGACUGGAACAAGAAAUUCAGAAAUUAGAAAGUGAAGAAUCACAAAUAUCUGCCAAAGAACAAAUAAUUUUGGAGAAACUAAAGGAGACUGAGAAAUCCUUUGACAACUUGCAAAAGAGUUUCUCCCACCAGGAUGGUGAUGCAGUAAAUUACAUUUACUCCCAGAUCCCUGAACUCCCAACCCUCUAUUCACGAACAGCAGAGCCAGUUCCUGGGUGGGACGGAUCAACCAGAGUAGCUGCUUUGUGCACCAUGGAAAUUAAUGUGGAGAAAGACAAACAGACAGGAGAGACCAAGAUUGUCUCUGCUUCACCUGUUGGCCCAGAUGAGGCCCAUCAAAGAGGAUUCAAAGUCUAUGAUGAUGGUUCCAAGGUAGUCUAUGAGGUUCACUCUGGUGGCACAGUGGUAGAAAAUGGAGUACAUAAAUUAAGCUCAAAGGACGUAGAUGAACUUAUGCAAAAAGCUGGACAAUCAAGUGUAAAAGGAGGGCAUGAAACAAUGACUGUGUCAGACAAAAAUGUGGUAGCCGAUGGAAACCUUAGCCAUAUGAAGGAGCAAAUGCUCUUCAAGGAGGCAAAGCUAGAAAUGGUACACAAAUCCGGCAAAGGACGUGCUGUGAACCCUCAGCCACAAGACAAACCCUGUGGUGGUGAAACCCCAGAGCUCAGUGCAGAUCAGCCGGUGACAAUGAUAUUUAUGGGCUACCAGAACAUUGAUGAUGAAGAGGAGACAAAGAAAGUGCUGGGCUAUGAUGAGACCAUCAAGGCAGAGCUUGUGCUGAUUGAUGAAGACGACGAGAAGUCACUGCGGGAGAAGACAGUGACUGAUGUUUCCACCAUGGAUGGGAACGCUGCAGAGCUGGUCUCUGGCAGGCCCCUGUCAGACACGACAGAGCCCUCCUCUCCUGAGGGGAAGGAAGAGAGCCUGCCCUUGGAAGCUGCCCCAGGUGCAGGAGGAUUGGCUAUGCUGCUGAGGGACCCAUCGGGACCAUGCUCCUGUGAAAGUUCUGAAGCCAAGGAGGGUGCAGGGAAAUCUUCCAGAAUCCCGGAGGAUGACAUCAGGUUAAAAAAAACCAGAGACCAAAACUGUGCCAAUUUCUUGGAGCCAUCUACUGUGCUUGCUACAAAGGAAGAGAAAAUGGAAAUUGAAGUUCCAGUUUCUGAACAUAAAAGCAUCACCACAGUGGCUUCACCACAUCCCAUAGACAAUCCAACCAACUUCUUUUCGCCUGCUUCCAGCCGAAAUGGACUUAGGGACAGGCAUGAAUCUCUGGACAGUGAAGUUGCUAAAGAAAUCAGAUACCUAGAUGAAGUGCUGGAGGCAAAUUGUUGCGAUUCUGCUGCAGACAGCACAUUUAAUGGCACAUCCUCCCCUGAACCAAGUGCCGUCUCCAUUAUGGAUGGUUCAGGAGCAUCUGCUAAUGUCAAUAAAGAAUCAGUAUCUAGUGAAAGGGAAGAAAAUGUAGCAGACAAGCAGGUAUCCUUGGGGGUUGAGCCGUGUGAAGCUAAUGUAGCAGAUGAGAACCUGAAAUCUAAUGGCCAUUCCUUGGGUGGUCUGAAGGAAGACACUCGGGAGAGUCUGAAGGUGCCAGGAAGUCCCACUUCUUCAAACAGUUCUAGAAGAUCCUCUAAGGAUGGAGAAACAACUCUUACAACCCUUAAGAAGGAGGCAAAGUUUGAACUGCGAGCCUUCCAUGAAGAUAAAAAGCCCUCAAAGCUCUUUGAAGAUGAGGAAGAGACAGAAAAAUACAGAGUCCGCAAAGUGAGACCAUCGGAAGAAAUUAUGGAACUUGAAAAAGAAAGAAGGGAACUCAUUAAAAGCCAGGCUGUCAAGAAAAACCCCAACAUUGCUGCCAAAUGGUGGAACCCUCCUCAGGAGAAGCCCCUGGAGGAUCAACUGGAUGAAGAGCAUCUGGAGUCUCACAAGAAGUACAAGGAGCGCAAGGAGAGGCAGCAGCAGCAGCAGCAGCAAGGUGCGACUUCAACAUCCCCCAAACAGGUCAGCUGCUCCUUUGUAUCCCCAGAGCCAGUCAAUAUCAAGAAGGAAGAUAUUGUCACAGAGCAAAUUGACUUCUCGGCUGCCAGGAAGCAGUUCCAGCUGAUGGAGCAUUUAGGUCCAUCUCAGGGUCAGGCCCCACCAAGACGGUCAGUAACGCCCAAAAUGUUCUCCGUCAAACCCUUCUACAAAAGCCUCAAUUCUCCCUCUGUGGACAGGCCAAUAUCAUCCGUGACAAGACCUGGUUCAGUGUGUGGGCAAGCUGGACAGCUUGAGGGUAACAACAACACGGUCAUCAAAGCACAGAAAGUCUCCUGUAGCUCAGAAGAUGACAAAAACACUCAGACUACCACAGCUGACACAGUGAGAGACUUACCUUGCAGUGAUAGCCCCAGAGCUGGACCAGCCUUAAAACUGUGGGCCGAGGAUGGAGAAUUCAUGAGUGCAAGGGCGGUCUUCACAGUGCUGAAGGAUGAUGGACAGGGAAUUCUAGAUCACUUCCCAAAAGCAGGCAGCACCUCUUCACCCCCAGAGGAGCUUGACUCCGGUUUGGAUGACUUGUCUGUCAGGUCUCAGGAUACCACCGUCUUGGAGACCCUUUCCAACGACUUCAGCAUGGACAACGUCAGUGACAGCGGUGCCUCCAAUGAGACCAUGAGCGCCCUGCAGGAAAGUUCUCUAGUGGAUUUCUCUCUGCCGCAGACCCCGCAGGCCGAAACUCCAGCAGAGUGCAGGGCUGAUGGCAUCUCCAAGUCUUUCAGUGACCCAGGCUGUGAUUCGCCCUCCUCUGCCUUGGCAGAUUCCGCACUGAUGGACGACCAGCUGGACUACCACGCUGGCCUGCUGGUGCAAAACGCCAUCCAACAAGCCAUAGCUGAGCAGGUGGAUAAAGGAAACCCGAAGGAAGAAGAAAUCCCAGCAAAGAAAGAGGUCUCAGCCAAAGAGCAGCCAGCUGGCACCGGGCCAGCUCCAGCAUCCAAGGAGCAUCAGAACCCAACAUUUGAGCCACCCCAGGUGUCUUCACCAGUUCAAGGGAAAAGGGACACCAUACCAAAGACUUCAAAAGAGGAAGACUCAGGACUCAGGGAAUGGAAGAGUUUGCAGCAGUCACCCAUGUACUCAGCCAGCCAGCCAUUCCUUGUGGAAGAAAACAGGCAUGAAGUCAGCUAUUUCAGCAAGUAUUCAGAGGCAGCGGAGCUUCGGAGCACUGCCUCCAUCCUGGCCACACAGGAGCCUGAAGUGACUGUGGGCCCUUUCAAGUUAAGGUCGAGGAAACAGAGGACUUUGUCGAUGAUCGAAGAAGAGAUCAGAGCUGCCCAGGAACGAGAAGAGGAGCUGAAGAGGCAGCGGCAGGGUUUGCAAAUGGCACCAAGUCCUGUUACAAAGAAUGCACCACCCAUGCCCACCAGAACCGUGUCUUACAAAACUGCACCAGGGAAGAUAGAGAAGAUCAAGCCUCCUCCAUCCCCCACCACAGAAGGCCCUGCCUCUCAGUUGGACCCUCCAUCCGAGGAGUCUGCAGGAGCCCAGCGGCCCAAGAACCUGAUGCAGACCCUCAUGGAGGAUUAUGAAACACACAAAACCAAGAGACGGGAAAGGAUGGAUGACAGCGCGGUCCUGGAGGCAACCAGGGUGAACCGCAGGAAGAGUGCUCUGGCGCUGCGCUGGGAAGCUGGCAUUUAUGCCAACCGGGAGGAGGACGAAUAACCACUCUGCAGUGUGAAGACAGCAACUAGGCAUGCCGGAACCAAAAACAAGAGAAAGGAAGAAAGGAAAAAAAAAACCACAAAAACCCACCAUGAAAGCAGCAGCAUUUUAGUCCAAUAUUUAUUAAACACACAACAAACUUGAUGCACAUAGACACAGAAAUGAUCCAGCUCCUGGCAAUUCUAAAACUACAGGAAAUACACACCUAGGAAACAGCCCCUUCUUCUUCCCUCCAUCUCCCCUCUGAAAUAAUGCAAUGGAGAGGGUGCAGGGGGUGGGAGCCCGUGGGGUGGGCACAAGAGGGUGAUUGUGCCCAUGGACCAGGUAGGCUGCAGGCAUGUGUCAGAAGGUCAUUCGUGGAGGAGCCUGCGGCCAGGGCUCGCACUUGUAUUUCUCACUGACUGAACUGUCCAGCCCUGCUUGCCCCCAGGACCGUGGUCCACCCAGCAGCUCCUGUCAGAACCUCCUGCAGUUCCUCCGCCUCCCACAGCCGCUGCACAAGACCGUCAGCAUUAAUUCAGCGUACUCUUAUCCAGCCACAAAACACAAAGAUACUGCCCUCUGUUCUGUUUAUUUGAGGAGACUGAAGGGUUGGGUUUGGGAUUGGGUUGGUUGGUUUUUUUUUUUUUGGGGGGGGGGGGGGGAAAUGGGUUCUGCUCCCCUUUCUAGCAAUUUAUCUGUUUAAAACAAGAAAAACCCAACCAAACAGGGAGGCAGUUACUGCAGAUGUACAAUCCAGCAAACUCAGUCAAACAAUCCUUGUGUUGCAAACACAAGCCAUCACACUUAAGGAGUGGAAUAGAUGGGGAUGAGAGCUAAGCCAAAUGGAUUACCUUAGCUUUAGGAUCCUAUAUGCUUGCAAUAUCACCUGAACUCCAGGUUCUUAGAGCAUAUUUACACAACAAAGUUUCUAAGUAGAAAAUCUGUAUUUAGCGGAUGACAACUAUUUUUUGAUGGUGGGGUGGGAAAGAAUGGCGUAUGUGUAAAAUCUUUGAAGAUGGAUAAUUUGAAGUAGAAAGGUAGUGGGAAAGGGAUACAAAUAAAGGACAUUUAAUUUUUAAAUGAGGCAAUAAAUGAACUAAGCCAGACUCUGGCCUAGAAAGAGGUAUGAAAUAAAGAAGAAAGAGAGUUAUGUCUUCAACUAUAUUUAUACAACUUAAAAAGCCUUUGAAGUAGAGUGCUUUGUGGAAGUCUUCAUGUUUCCAGGCAACAAAAAAGCUAAAGGGCAUAAUGAGUUGGAAGGAAUGAGCAAGGAAGAGCAGAAAAGGGAAGAAAAUAUUAUUUUAGCCGUUCAGCCAGUGUUUUCAGCGCUACAAGCAAACCAUAGAGCCUUUAGUUAUUGCUUAGGCUUGGGAUCAGCAGUGAAGGAUUAGUGUGGAUGUGUGUGUGUGUGUGUGUGUGUGUGUGUGUAUGUGUGUGUGUGUGGGGGGGGGAGUGCAUGAGGCUGGCAUACCACCAAGUGUAGGGGAGUGCAUGAGGCUGGCAUACCACCAAGUGUAUGGCAGUGCGUGUACUGAUUGUUUUCUCCACAGCUGUUUACCAGCUAUAGGGGUGAGUGCUAUUUUUUUUUUUUUCCGAAAGGGGAUAUAAAAAUAAGGCACUGAGUUAAUGCAGUAUUUGUGAUAUUAAAAUUUGACCCAACAUGGUAUUUGCAUGAGUCACAAUUGCAAAAUAUUGACCAGUUUUGUAAGCUGACGAUUAGGAAAAGAAAUGUGGUAUUUAUUCUUGUGCUUCGUAUUUGUAUGUAGUAUAGAGGCUGCGGGUUUACUCUUUCUUAUCACCAAGCAAUACAAUAGGAAUAUUUUACAACUGGGAACCAUAAUUUCUGGACUAGAAACCAAAAAAUGUGGGAGGUGAUGGGAAAAAAGAUAUCAAACCUUUUUUCUCUAAAAAAUAUUUCCUUUUUUUAUAAUAAAUUUUUAUUUUGGUAUAUUUUAAAAAGUCAUCAGCCAGAAUACUGUGUUCUCCCUAAGCCAUUCCUUGGUUUCAUGACCUGCUGUGCUGUUUUAUCCUGAAACAGUGAGCUCAUUUAAAAUGAGUACCAAUGCUGUGAACAUACUUCUAGUGCUUUUUUUAAACAAACACAGAUCUUGCAACCAAAUUAUUCACCACCACCACUCUUCAGUUCCUCCACCAUGUGAUUUCUGUCCUUAGACACUUAUAAUUUUCAGGCUUAUUUUCAGGGAACUGUAGUAAAUACAUUUAUAUCUACCCAUUGACUCAGUUCUUUCCAUUUCCUCUGCAAGUGCUACUGAACUGAAGAAAACCUGCUGAACCGAGAGUUCACUGUGAUGAGGGCAGCAAGCUUAUCUCAAGGAGAGGCACCAUGGGGAGGUUCCAUGCCUGUGAAGAAGUUAUGUAUCUAAUGAAGCGGACCUGUUUCUCAGGCAUGGUAAUCAAGGGUGAAUCCAGGGUAAUUCCUGCCUCAGGGCGGGUGUUACCGUGCAGCUGUAGGAAAAGCACCAGCACCAGUGCACCACUAGCGAGACCACAUGUCAUGUAGCUGCAGAUUUGAGCUCCACACACCUGUUUCAAUAACAUUCCUGGCCUCUGGGGAGAGCUUAAGAGAGGAAAAGGAGUUUUCUGAAAAUAGGAGAUGUCCUCUGUGGUGUGGUGGGCUUGCAUUAAAUGGCACUCCUCAGAGUUUCCCCCAGUAUUUGCUCCUGAAAGCUGGGUCAGCCCUGGACUGCCUUCCCAAGAACUUGCAUCUUUAUUUUCUUUAGUCUGUAGGCCUGUUUUUCCUUCCAGCUUUCUCGCUGGAAGCCAGUAACAAUAAUCACCCAUCAUAAGACAUCUUUUCAUGCUUUUUUCUCUAUGAUAGAAGCAUUUGCUCUCAUCCCCUGCAACAAAAGUAUUCCAGUCCAGGACAGACAGAUUUUUUACCCAGCAGUUUUUCUCUUCCAGAAAUUAUGGACACUUAUAGUCAACAGCACAUUCAGUGCUGUGGUAACAAGAGUGAGAUGCAGUUUACUUGCCUCUGUUAUUUCAUUUGCAUGCUACCAAGCUUAGGUGUUUAUAAGUAUACAGCAGUAAUACAUAUCUAUCUAUAUAUGACUCUAUCAAAUGCAACAAAAGAGCACUAUUGCAGAGUUAACUUUGUCUACACAAAAGAAAUGCUCAGAUCCUUUCCCGUGGCAAAGACUGGUUUUAAUGAAACUGUGUAUUGAAAAAUAGUUAAGCAUUAGCAUUUGUGAUUAUAAUCGGUUUGAGGUUACAGUGCAGGUUUUCUGAACAAUUUGUUUUUAAAGCUGCCUAUUUGGGCUUCAUCUUGCUCUGUACUGACAUUUCUGAGGGAAAAUAGAGUAGUAUUGACAUGUUUGGCAACCAAAAGGCAGCAUCGUUUGUCAUGACUUAUCAACCAGUUUCAACAAUACCUGGCUUUCUGUAUGUUAACCACUUAAAUGUUAUCCUGCUUCUGUUUUAUAGUGACUGUGAGGCCUACAAUGCAAGUAUAUAAUUAUUUUCUCAUUAAAAUAGAAACCUGUGUUGUGUUUCUAUAAAA